ACUGCUGAAAGAGAAACUAGCAGGAACAGAGACGUUUGUUGUUGUGUUUUAACUGUCCUUAACCGAUCUGAAAGAUUUGGGAAACCCUUCAAACACCAGACAUGGCUUCUGCUGCAAGUUCUGAGGAUAAUUUCUGUUGUUCAAUCUGUCUGGACCUGUUCAAAAAACCUGUGACGAUUCCCUGUGGGCACAACUUCUGUCUUAACUGCAUCAACGACUACUGGGACACUAACAAUAACAUAUUCCAAUGUCCACUGUGUAUGGAGAAAUUCUUAACCAGGCCGAUGCUUCGAGUUAACACUUUCAUUGCUGGGAUGGCUGCAAAGUUCAAGGAAUCCUUUGAAGAAAGGCCUUGUGAAACUCCUGAAAAAGCAGAAAAUGGAAACGUGCUCUGUGGCCUGUGCACAGGGGCGAAGCUCGCAGCAAUCAAGACCUGCUUAGUUUGUUUCAUGUCUUACUGUGAAACACAUCUGGAGCCUCAUCAGAGAAUUGCGGCCAUGAAAAAACACAAGCUGAUCGACCCGGUUGAGAACCCAGAGAGCAGGAUGUGCAAGACGCAUGACGAGCCUUUGGAGUUCUUUUGCAGGGUUGAUAAAAUGUUAGUAUGCGAGUCCUGUAAAAACAGCGACCACAGAAAGCACAAGACAGUGAGUCUGAAAGAGGAGGCACAAAUGAGGAAGAUCACCCUGAAAAUAGAAAGGGAAUGCACGGAUGAGAUGAUCCAGGCACGUCAGCAGAAACUGUGUGAGAUCGAACACUCAGUGGAUGCUAGCGCAAAAAAUGCUUCGAAGGCCCUGUCAUACAGCGUGCAUUCGAUGACUGCUGUGGUGGACUACAUUAAGAGAAGUCAAGCAGAGCUCACUCAGGUCAUUGAGACAAAGCAGAAACAAAUUGAAACCGAGAGAAAAGGCUUCAUUAAAGAGCUGGAGGCAGACAUUAUGCAAUUAAAGCAAAGAAAGUUGAAGCUUGAUCAGGUUUCACUUUCCAACGACUCAAUGACGUUCCUUGAGAAUGUCCUGUCUCUUACAAUCACUCAGCCCCCGGUUAAUAACUGGUCAGAUGUGACUUUUAGCAAUGACGAGUUUUCGCUGCAGGGAGCCACGGCCAUGCUGGAGGCAACCGUGAUGAGAGAAAUAAGGAUGCUGUGCGAUCCAGACUUGAAAGAAAUGCAACGUCAGGCUGUGGAUGUGACUCUGGAUCCUGACACAGCAAACCCUUUUCUACAUGUUUCACCAGAUGGGAAACAAGUCAAGUAUGGAGACAGAAAGAGGAACCUCCCAAACAAACCAGAGAGGUUUGAACACGUUCUAAAUGUCCUUGCAAAGGAGGGUUUCUCCUCAGGAAAAUUCUACUAUGAGGUCCAGGUUAAAGGCAAAACAAACUGGGAUUUAGGAGUGGCGAGCCAGUCUAUCAACAGGAAGGGAGAUAUACGAUUGAGCCCCAAAAAUGGAUACUGGACUAUUUGGCUGAGGAAAGGAAAUGAGUUAACAGCCAAUGCCGGCCCUUCUGUUAGCCUCAAGGUGAGGGAGACGCCUCAAAAGAUCGGGGUGUUUGUUGAUUACGAGGUGAGUCAAGUUCUCUUCUAUGAUGUGGACACCAGGGCUUGCAUCUUCUCCUACACCGGAUGUAACUUCACAGAGAAGCUCUUUCCGUUCUUCAGCCCCUGUAGUAAUGACGACUUCAAAAAUCCAGCGCCCUUGAUCAUCACUCCUGUCAAACACAGCAGAUGAGCUUUGUUUCUGGAUUUUGUGAAAGAAAAAAAGAGACAGGGCGAAGGAUUCGGGGAGAGAUCAUAGAGCACUGAAAUGUUUCUGUCCUGAAAACUCUGGUGGUUCAUUUUCUUUCUCUCAUCCAUCAGUGUCAGUGCCGUGUGUCACUAUGUGUUGCCUGUCACACAUACUGCUGUAGAUCUCCAUCGGUCAACAUGCAGUGAAUCUCAAUCAACUGUCCAUUAUUUCAUUGUUAUUUUUAUUGAUUUUAAUUACAUACUAUGUCUGCCAAAGUAUUAAAGAUGGGUAACGUAGUGUUUACAAAUAGUGUAUAGCAUCUGUUCUGCUUGAAGUACUGUACCACAUGUCAGGAGUGAUGGAUAAGGUAAAUACAUAAAGUUGGUGGAAAUAACUAUUACUGUGUUCACAAAAUAUUAUUUUUCCAUGAUGUAACACACCUCAUGAGAUUAAAUCAGGCUGUGACUGACAUAAUACAGCCACCAAUGGAAAAUAAAUCAGCACAGAAAAUGUACAAAUAAGUUGAAGGACUCUGGCUUUUUUUUUUACACCAAUCAAUGUUAUAAGGUUAAAAAGGGGUUAUUCAACUUUAUUGAAGGGCACAAAAUGGUAUUUCCUCUAGUUGAAAUCAGCCAGACCUUCUAUUCACUUUAUAAAACAUCAAAUAUUUCUGCUAUGGUGUGAAAUAAUCAACUGGUUACUGAGAAAAGUCAAUACUUUCUUAAUUUUGUUUAUUGUUGGUAACACAAAAUUCACUUUUCUUUAUUUCAGUUACAUGUAUGUAUGUGUUGUUGUUUUUUUUAUGGGAGCAAAGGAACUUCAUUCAAUGGUGAAAAAAGCAAUGACACUUUAUGUACCAGUGAUGUAGAAUUGUGAUGUGUUGUUAGUUAUUGAUAAGAAAAUAAUCGAAAAAUAAAUCAACAAUUAUACUCAAAUGUGAAGAUAUGACGCUGUACACUCUUAUAUAUAAAACUGUUAAUUAAAUCGAUAUCAUCAUUAUGA